CAAUUCGGAUCCAUGAAAUUCAACAAACAUGCUUGAUUUCAUUUGCAGUAUCAUCAUCUAGUACAGUUUUAAUAAAGCAAAACUCUAUGAGAAUCAGAAUCAAACAAGGUGAAAUUUCUGGGAAAAAAGCAGAUUGAGAUCCGAAGGGAGGGAUCCCACCCACGGGAUCAAGCUCCCUUCUUCUCCCUCACGGCUCUUCCCAAAAAUUCCUCUGUUCAGAAAUUACCUAAGGCAAUGAAACCCAGAAAAUGAAACCCGAAAAUGAAGUUCCUCUGGAAGCUCGGUGAUCCUUCCUCUCAACCACCGUUGUUGCCCCCUUUCUUCUCCAGUAAAUCCCCUUCUAUUGCUCUCAAAAACUCAGACAAAACUCCCCAACAAAGAGACCCAAAAUCAACCAACCAUCACCUUUCAAUCUGAUUUUUCUGUAUAUAUAUACCCGAAUAAAAGAUAAAAAUAAUAAAAAAGCCUUGCUCUGUCAAUCAAUAUUAAUGCUAAUUUGUCUGGAGCUGCUGUAGCGUGCAGGGGCAGAGCAGCAGGGGUGCAGCAGGGCUCGGUGCAAGGUCAUGAUGCUGGUACAGAGUGCAGGCAUGCAAGCAACGUGGGUUCGGCGCAGCAGGCGGCAAGGGGAUUUGGUGCAAAGGAAGGCUGGCGUAGUGCAGAGCUGGAGAUUGAUGCAGAUUCGGUGCAGAGCAGGUGCAGGAGUGAUGAUUGCGCGGGAUGUGGGCGUAGGAGGCACGUCGGGCGCAGAGCAGGGAGCAAGGGCGCAAGCUGGUGCAGGGGCGAGGCUCGGACGUGCAGGGGACCUGGGUUCGGGCCGCAGGGCGCAGGGCGCGGACUGGUUUUGGGUAAUUGGGUUUGAGUUUGGAUUGGGUUUGAUGGGUUUUGGGUAGACUUUGCAUUUCACCCCUCCAACUUUCCAUUUCUUCAAUUGAGUCCUUUUUCUCAUCUUCUUUUCCAAUCUUCUUCGUAAAAUUUCCUUUUUGCCCUCCCCUUUUUUUCUUUGAAUGAACCUAACAAGUAAAA